AUGCUACCAACCACCAUCCGAUCACCACCUGCUGCGGCAGACUACACGCCCCUCGCAGAGUACCAGUCUCAGACCCCCGAGUCCUUCACAGAUGGGAAGCCAAUCCUACACUACCAUCUGGCCGGCGCAAAGGCAACAAUCCCACGCUCGCAGUGUGGCAGCUUGGCCAUCUUUCCACAAGAUACCGCUGCGGCUGCCAACAACACAAAUGAUGGAGAAGCUGCCGAAGAGCUGGCGGAACAGACUGUCGACGUAUUUGCGACUUCAGAAAACUUUGUCGUCUUCAGCCACCAAGCCGAGGCCGGUGUCUCAAUCCCAUACCCUCUGAUCUCAAUCCACGCCCUCAAAUCCGUCAACGACUCCCAGGCCGUCUGGAUGCAGCUCGACUUUGCCGACGGCGGCGCUGACGACUCCGAUUUCGAAACCAUUGAGCUGACAAUCGUCCCUCCAAGCUCCGCCGAAGCCAACUCUGCGCAACAGCUCUACGAGGCCAUGGCCAAUUGCUCUGAUUUACAUCCCGACCCUGACAACGAGGAAGAUGACGACAAUGAAUACGACCGAAUCGUCUUUGAGGGCAACGCGGGACACGAGGCCGUCGAGGGCUUCACUGGAGUGCUCCAUGGUGUCACAGACGGCGGGCUUCCUCCGCCUUUCCCCGGUAGCGGUGGUUGGAUCACAGCAGAGAAUGUGCACAACUACUUUGAUGCGGAUGGCAACUACAUAGGCCCGGGGGCGGAAGUGGAAGAGUGCCCCGAACCCGAAGAUGCGACGGAAGAGCUUGGCGAGGGCGCUGGUAGGACACGCCCACGGGAUGAGCUUGAGAAGGACGAUGAUGUCAACGGACACGAUUCGGCUGAAGAUCCGGAGAGCAAACGGCCAAGGGUAGAG